AUGGAUCCUCACUCUGCGUCGGGACUCUGUCGGGGGCUGAGCCCGCGCGCCCGCGCGCCGCCCAACCAGGCCGUGGCGUGCCAGGGCCGCCGGGGGCCCGGCCGCCGCCCGGACUCCAAGAGGUCACCGCCGAGCCCGGCCGAGCCGUGCCGAGCAGCGCCGAGCCCGCGCCAGCCCAGCCCGAGACGUGCAAGUGCUCGCGAGUGUAGGAUCGCUUUUUCGAGUGCCAUGGAUAACAUUAUUGGAUUACCUUCGCAUCGCACCGCCCGGAGCAGACGCAGGAGACCUGGGCGUGAUUCGCUGUUCAAGGUGGUGGUUAUCAGCCCAGGUCCCUUCGUUCUGCAAAAGCAAAAACAAAAUGGAUGAAUGGUUUUCGACGCUUUUUUUUUCAGAUACCAAAUAAAGAACGAAGAUCCCGCAUCCUCCCACGACACACGUUAAAUUUAAAAGGGCACCGUGACCUUUAGUUUAAUAGAUAAGACUCGUGAAACUAUUUUAGUUCAAUGAUGUCGUGUUUAUAUAGUCACAUAGAACCUAACAAGUGAACAGCCCCUCCCCUCUAUUUCUUACUCCUCUUUUCGACUGACUACCCCUUUCCCUCUCCUCUCUCUCUUUCUCUCUUUCUCGCUCCCGCUCUCUUGCACCGUAUGGUAUUUAACCCGUGAGUAAUGCCCCGGAUGAAAAGUAAGCGGAUGCCCAAUCAUAAUUCAUCACAACAAUUUUAAUGUUUCGCCCAUAAAUUAGUCGCACAAUAGAAGGCGUGUGGAGACUCCUUGCUCUGCAAAUAUUUGCCUAGCGGCUCAAAAAUGAUCCAGUAUUGAAAAAUA